AUGCAAUUUUGCAUCCUUCCACCAAAUUUUUUUGCUGCGGCGCAGAGUUUUUCAAAUGUUCAAUGGCUGUCGAACAUCGGUGCAUUGGUUUGCAUUGCAUGCAGCGGUGUCCAUCGUGAACUGGGUGUCCAUGUGAGCAGGAUCCAGUCGUUGAAUUUGGAUGUGAUAUCGCCUGUCGAAUUUCUUAUUCCACUUUCAUCGGGGAACGCCAUGAUCAAUCGCCUGUUUGAAUAUGAUGCAGCAAAAUGCGCCACAUGGAAGCCGGUCCCCGGGUGCACAAGGUUUGAUCGUCAGCGUUUCAUCCAGAUGAAAUAUCGAGAUCGGGCAUUCAUACAGAAAUUUGCGGAACCUGAUCUCCUCCUUACAGAGGCUUUCAGGGAACGUGAUUUUGAAACUGCUUACAGGGCGUUGUUAAGUCCAAAUCUCACGAGGAAGCCUUUUAUGCGAAAUGGACCGUUCCAUCAGAUGGUACUGCUUGGCACUUCGUUAUCGCUAGCCCUGGCUGAUUUGGUUAUGCAGUUGAGGAUUGAAAUUCCGGAUAUGGAAGUGAUGAUCAAUGACUGUAUACGAUCUGGCAAUGCAGAUAUGGUCGCCAUCCUACUCCGUUAUCGCCCACUGAGUUCAACCGGUCGUAGCGUGCAACUGCAUCCGCUAAUUGCUUGUGCUGAUAAAACUGACCAGAAGAAAAUCGCUCAUAUGGUUGGCUCAUUAAUUGUUUUAAUUAUCAAUAAUUGGCCAACGCACAGGCUGCCCGUGCGAAGAUGCAUUUUUUGCACAGCUCCCCGCAGAUUAUUGUCGUUAACGCCACUAGUUUUUCUGGCAGAUGCUUCUAGCUAA